UAAAUGACAGGCCCAUACAUUGAAUUUAUGCACCAUGAGGAGAAACAUUUUUACGGUAACUCUUAGUGUCAGUAUGUACUUCUUUUAAUGUAUCCCAGUGCAACAGCGAGAUAAACGAAAUCAAUAUGACUGAUUUUGAAAGUCAUUUUUUAAACCCAGGGGUCUGACUUUAGUUUAGGGUGGGGCGCCAGAGGGAGAGUGCGCGCCAGCUGUGAGGAUCCUACAAGAUCCCGAACUGUAGAGAAGUGCUUAGCUGCCGUUUGAAGCAUCUCCAGACACAGGAGACAGGUUCAUCAAGAUAAUAUAGUUUUUGACCGUAGGACAGCAGCGUACAUUGGGUAUUCGAGUGGUGAUCAAAUCUUUAACAUUUAUUUGAAGGUUCGAUAGUUUUCAAAGUUUCUGCAAAGUGAAAAACUCCACUCGGACGAGAGGAGAGGGAAUCAUGAUUCUUCAAGGAGACCAGCUCCCACUCCAAUAAAACAAUGGAGUCCUACCAGCAAACAGGAAGGUGCAGGUGGAAGUUCCGUCAUGUCCUCCUAGUCACCCAGCUGCUGCUGACUCUAACCUCAGUGCUGAGCCAGUGCCAGCUGGACUGCGUCCAGGUGCUGACAGCCCCCCAGGGGGAGUUCACCUCGCCGUGCUACCCCCAGGAAUACCCCAAGUCCCAGGCCUGCAAGUGGACGCUGCAGGCUCCGUCGGGCUUCAUCCUCCAGCUCACCUUCCGGGACUUUGAGCUGGAGGAGGCCCUGGGCUGCAUCUACGACCGCGUGAUCGUCAGCACGGGAAACGCCGACGUCAAGUUCUGCGGCCUGACGGCCAACGGCCUGACGCUCAACUCCACGGGCAACGUCAUGGAGGUGUCCUUCAACUCCGACUUCAGCGUCCAGAAGAGGGGAUUCAGUGUCAGUUACAGGCAAGUCGCCGUGGCACUGAGGAACCAGAAGGUCACCCUGUCCAACGGCAACGGCAAGGCGGUGACGCUCUCCAACUCCGUGACGUUCCCCGCCCUGCAGUCCCUGACGUUCUGCUGCGAGAUGGCGCGGAGCAGCCAGAAGGCCACAGAGACCAUCUUCUCCUACGAGGCCAACUCGUCGGGCAGCGGCAACGGCAGCGGCGUCGAGUUCAGCUUCGGCAACAACAACGGCAUGGAGCUGGUGCUGGCGGCGCAGGCGUGCCCCGUGGAGACCAUCAUCACCGCCAGCGACAUCACCGCCACCAUGAACAGCUUCUGCCUCACGUGGACCUCGUCCACCGGCCUGGUGGCGCUUUACUUCAACGGGAACUACCGCGCCAAGACCUGCGCCAACACCGCCGGGAAGUCCAUGGUGGCCGGCUGGCUCUUCCGGCUGGGCAGCCAGAGCAGCAGCCUGGACGGUACGCUGUAUAAUGUCCGCCUGUGGGACUACGCCAUGAGCGUGUCGCAGCUGGCCGCGCUGACCUGCGACGUGGCGGGCAACGUCGUCGACUGGGACAACAGCUACUGGGUCAUCCCUUCGUCCCAGGCCCAGACCGACAGCUCCCUCAGCUGCACCUGCUACCCAACUUGCAUACACUUAACAACAGCUGCCCCAUCUAGUGGUACAUCUGUGCCCACCUACACUUCAACCACCACCACUUGUGCCUCCCCUGGACUGGGCUGCCCAGCUACUCUAACUUCCACCACCCCUGUCUUCACUAACAUGAUCGCUACUAAUGCGACCACAACCGUUCUGUCUUCCAACACCUACUCCACUACCUCCACUAGCAUGCCUCUAACCUCCAGCAGCACCAAUGUCCAGCCUGCUAUCACCACACCUGCCGUCAUCACAAUUUCUCCCACUAACAUGUCAUCGUCACCCCUCAUCAGCACCACGACUGUGCCUCAUCCUAUAAGCACAGCUGCUGCUACUAACACCACUCUGCUCUACAGCACCACCCAGGCAGAAAAUGGAAUUAGCAGCUCAGCCCCUGUGUCACAAACCGCUACCACUAACACGCCAGCCCCUAACUACACAUCGCAUGCGACUGAGACUACUCCCAUGUUGUUGAUCUCUACUACUAAUUUGCCUGCUACUAACUUGGCUCCCACUCGCGCCCCCUUACCUGAGGGCCUGUUCUACAGAAUGUCCUUCAUGGUCAGCGACAGCGAGGCCUCACGGACCGAGUUGGAGAUCGAGAAGACCGUGUCGCAGUGGCUGAACCAGACCUUCCAGAACUGGACCCACGCUGUCUAUGUGGACUAUGUUAGUGUCUAUCCUUCAGGGGAGGAGAGAAGCGUUCAGAGUUAUUCCUGCAACGCUUUGCUGGUGUACAUCACCAGGUCUGGUUCCCUCCUCACCCCGGGGGAGGCUGCCAUCUCUGCACAGCUGCAGGCCAGCGCCCCCAGCAUGGGCGCCGGCCUGGUGGUCUCCACCGUCGCAGUACAGUCUGUCGAUAACUGUCUUGUGGAGACCCCCCUCCACUAUCUCUGGCCAGAGAGCAGACCCACCGUGACUCAGUAUGUCCCCUGCUUCCCCAACAAAGACCAGAACGCCUCUAGAACCUGUGUGAUCAGCCCACAGAAUUACACAGCUUACUGGGAUGCCCCAGAUCUCAGGAACUGCACCGACAUCGAUACCAUUGAGGUGUCAGCAGAGAAUGCUGCGGAGGUGGCCGUUCAGCUUGCCGACAUCACCAACAACGAGCUGUCCAAUGACGAGGUGUCUAAGGUGGUCACCAAGGUGAAGGAGCUGGUGGGCGUGGCAAAGAUCAAUGCCACCUUGGCCACCACCGUGGUCACCAUCAUCUCCAACGUCAUGACCAGCUCCGACACCGCUCUGGCCGCUGCCUCCGAGAGGACUCUGAAGACAGUGGAUGAGCUAAUGCAGAAGAUAGAGUUUGAGGGCGCUUCGGUGACGAUCACGUCGAGAAACCUGGCCUUGGGCAUCUCAGCCCUCAACGCCAGCCAGUUCAAUGGGACGUCCUUCAGUGCCUUCAUAACCCCGAACACCACUGACCCACAGAUUGACUUUGAGUCCGAGCAACUCAACCCUUUAGCUCAGGUCAUCCUCCCUGCCACCCUGCUUAACAACCUGACCCCGACGGAUUCAGACAUCUCCAGAAUCAACUUCAUGUUCUUCAGCAAGAUUGGCCUGUUCCAGAACGAGCGGGAUAGUCUGUCUCUCAACAGCUACGUGGUCGCCAGCAGUGUGGGCAACUGCACUAUUCGAAAUCUGAAGGACCCUGUGAAGAUUGAGAUUGUCCACCUCAACUACCAGCAUUCCCCAAAUCCUGUUUGCAUGUUUUGGGAUUUCAACAUGAAAGAUGGCACCGGGGCCUGGAACAGUGAGGGGUGCCGCGUCGGCCCUGACUCCAAUGGCAACAAGACCGUCUGCCUCUGUGACCACCUCACACACUUUGGUAUCCUCAUGGAUAUCUCUGGAGCAGCUGCCCUGAUAGACGAGAAGAACACCAAGAUUCUGACCUUCAUCACCUACAUUGGCUGUGGCAUCUCCGCCAUCUUCUCUGCGGCCACGCUGCUCACGUAUAUCGCCUUCGAGAAGUUACGUCGCGACUACCCCUCCAAGAUCCUGAUGAACCUUAGCACGUCCCUCCUCUUCCUCAACAUGCUGUUCCUAUUGGACGGCUGGCUGGCCUCCUUGAACAUGCAUGGGCUGUGCGUGGCCGUGGCAGUCUUCCUACACUACUUCCUGUUGAGCUCGUUCACCUGGAUGGGUCUGGAGUCCAUCCACAUGUACAUUGCUCUGGUGAAGGUGUUCAACACCUACAUACGCAGAUACAUCCUCAAGUUCUGCAUCGUAGGAUGGGGUCUGCCUGCAGCCAUAGUGGCCAUGGUGGUGGCGGUGGACAGGACGUCCUACGGGAAGCAGGAGUACGGGCGCGGAGACACCGGACAGGGAUCCUCAGAGUUCUGUUGGAUCCAGAGCCCCGUGGUGUUCUACGUGACGUGCGUGGGCUACUUCUCGCUGGUUUUCCUGAUGAACGUGGCCAUGUUCAUCGUGGUCAUGAUUCAGAUCUGCGGCCGCAACGGCAAGCGCAGCAACCGGACGCUGCGGGAGGAGGUGCUGCGGAACCUGCGGAGUGUGGUCAGUCUCACCUUCCUGCUGGGCAUGACCUGGGGCUUCGCCUUCUUCGCCUGGGGGCCCGUCAAUCUGGCCUUCAUGUACCUGUUCACCAUCUUCAACUCCCUGCAAGGUCUGUUCAUCUUCGUGUUCCACUGUGCGCUGAAGGAGAAUGUACAGAAGCAGUGGAGGAGAUACUUAUGCUGCGGACGCUUCAGACUGGCAGACAACUCAGACUGGAGUAAGACAGCCACGAACAACACUAAGAAGGUGAGCUCAGACAACCUGGGCAAAUCUCUGUCCUCCAGCUCUUUUGGAUCCAGCACUGCCAACUGGACCUCCAAGGCCAAAGCUACACUCAACCCCUUCACGAAACGCAACAGCAACACAGGUAAAGGCUACUCCAAUCAGACAACCCCUAAGUGUGUCUCCUCCUGCUCUUCCUCCUCAGAGGUGGAGCCUUCCUCCUCCUCAUCUUCCUCCUCCUCCAUUUUGCCCGUGCACCAGGUCAUCGACAAGGUCAAAGGUUACUGCUCUGUGCGCUCCGACAACUUCUACAAGAACAUCAUCCUGUCUGACAGCUUCAGCCACAGCACCAAGUUCUAGGCCCCGCCCCUGCCCCAGGAGAGCCUGGAUCAGCCUGUAGGGUUGCCUGGGGCGACAGGGCAUCGGGGGAAGUCAUGGUUCUACUGUAUAACAACAUCCCUUUCUAGUCAGCCGAUCUGUCAGAGAGACAGCGGAGGAGCAAAAGGGGGGU